AUGGGAGAUUUACCCGGAGCUAGAACAAACCCUACAAGACCGUUUUAUCACACGGGGGUAGACUUCACGGGACAUGUAGACGUGAAAUCAAGCAAGGGUCGCGGUAUCAAAACAAGCAAAGGAUAUGUGGCCGUAUUUAUCUGUAUGGUCACAAAAGCGGUUCACUUAGAGUUAGUAUCAGACUUAUCAUCAUCUACUUUUUUAGCAGCGUUACGUAGAUUAGCAGCAAGAAGAGGAACUCCUCGUCACUUAUACAGUGACAACGGAACGAAUUUCGUAGGAGCCAGCAAAAUUUUAGCGAAUGAAUUUAUUGACCAGCAAUCUAUUUUAACGGAGGAUUUUUUCACGGAAAUUAGCGAGAUGCAAAUUGAGUGGCACUUCAAUGCACCUUCCUGGCCUAGCGCGGGAGGACUUUGGGAAGCCGCGGUUAAAAGCCUAAAAUAUCAUCUACGUAGAGUCCUAGGCGAUCAAAAGCUAACGUACGAAGAGUUCGCCACUCUACUUUAUCAGCUAGAAGCCUGUCUAAAUUCGAGACCCCUAUCUCCUCUAUCUGAAGAUCCUGAUGACUUAGCAUAUCUCACACCUUCCCACUUUUUAGCGAGCGGUCCAAUUUUAACAAUCAUAGAAACCGAGAGAGAUGAGAGAACGAGGUGGCAAUUGACGCAAAAAAUAUUAAGUGAUAUUUGGAAACGGUGGCGAGCUGAAUAUUUAACGUCAUUAUCAGCCAGAAGCAAGUGGAAAACAUCAAAGCCUAACAUCAAGUUGAACGACAUCGUGAUCAUACAUGACGCUCUUCUACCUCCAGGAAAAUGGGCGUUGGGUCGUGUGAUUGAAUUACACCCUGGAUCGGACGGCUACGUCAGAGUCGUAAGCGUAAAAACUAAGACGGGCAUUAUCAAGCGACCGAUAAUUAAAUUAUCUAUUCUCCCUGUUAACACGGAAGAAACAAAUCAGCAAAAUCAUACCAGCAGCUCAUCACCAGCAAUCACCGCAUUCCAAUUAAAACAUUCAUAUACACUUAUUAUCUAUCGUUCAUGUAAACAUUAUUCAUUUUAA